AUGCUUCCUCUUGGACUCCUCACAGCCGCGCAAGGCCAUCCCAUGCUGGUGGAGCUUAAGAACGGCGAGACGCUCAACGGCCACCUAGUUACAUGCGAUACGUGGAUGAAUCUGACUCUGAAGGAGGUUGUGCAGACAAGCCCAGAUGGCGACAAGUUCUUCAGAUUACCGGAGGUCUAUGUCAAGGGAAACAACAUCAAAUAUCUGAGGGUUCCGGAUGAGAUCAUUGAUAUAGUGAAGGACCAGCAACAGAGUCAACAGAACAGCGGAUACAGAGGUGGCCGUGGAGGUGGACAAAGAGGUGAUCAUGGUGGAAGGGGUGGCGAUAGGGGUCGGGGUGGGAGAGGAGGAGGGCGGGGUCGUGGAAGAGGGAGGGGUUCAUGA